GGCUUUUGAAUUGAUUUCUUUAAAUGUGUACUUGAUGCUUAAGAGGAGGCUGGAUGCUGCAUGGAGGACUGAGAGUUGGUAAUGUGUGGUGCUUCCAUCUGGCUUUCAACUGUUUGCUUCUGAAUCUGAGCGCUCUCCUUAGUGGAACAGAAGCCCACAAUUAGUCAGACUUCUUCAAGAUCACUGAUGCCUACCGACUGACACAAUGCUAUGCCUCAGAGCGGUUCUGGGCCAUAAACUCACUACCACUUUUUUUACAUUUUUAACAGUUACCUGCCUGAAGCCUGUUAAAGACUGUGGCAUUACCAGGUACCUUAGAGGGCUUCAAUUUCUUUUUUGGAGAAAUGUCUUCUGAGUCAGAAAAGGGUAAAGAGAGACUGAUUCAAGCUGCUAAAAUACUCUUCUUUCACAUACGAGAUCUGGUUUCCUUCAUAAAUAAGUUCGUUGAAUUGUUUAACCUCACAAUGAAGACUCAGAUCCUCCAGAUGGAUCUGAAAGAAGAUAGCUACAUUAAAGAUUUCUUUGAACAAAUGAUUAAAAUUUUUAAAGAGAUGCAAUUGGUGUUUGAUGCAAAGCACAAACAAAUGCAAAAGGAGCCUUUAUGUUCCAAGGUGGUGACUGCUGUGACCGCUGCAGUGGAGAAAUGUGCCAACGUGGGUCCCCACCACACAGCUAAAGAAAUGCUCAAAACUAUCCAGACACCAGCUGUUGCCUCUGUGCUGAACAGUAGUCACAUCCUUGGGAAUCUAGAAUCUGCUCUUUCGCUCCUGAUACAGUUCCCCAUCAUGAGUCUUCGAUUACGUGACUUCUAUACGGAAGAGACCAAAGAGCAGCCAGGUACUACCACAUCCGAGAAAAGUCCAGAACAUCCCAAGGCCACUUCAGAGGAUGCCUUGAGGAAGCUGCAAGAUGCCCUAAGAACUGAUAAUGCCAACAAGUCAGUAGAAGCAGCCGCAGAUGAACUGGAACUGUUUGUCAAGACUAUGGAGCCAACCUUACAGGUCCUCCAGAAAACCAUAAAGACCAUAGAAGGGGAUAUCUCCACAUCUAAGGAAGCCGAGGCCAAGUAGAGGCAUGGUGGAAGAUGUGUUCCUUUCUGUCUGAAAUCAACUUGAGUUCUCUAAUUUUUUUUGUGGUACUUUGUACGUUCCAUUAAUGCUAUAUGUGCAGUUUGUUAGAACUUAAAUGUAGAGAGUCAUCCCUUGGCAAACCACUUACCUGUAGUUCUGACUUGUUACAAUAAAAAGGCAUAACCAAAGAAAGCCUGCUUGAAAUGGAAGUGACUAAGUAGAACAUCCUACUGUAAGGAUCAAGGCAGUAUUACGCUCGGGGAUAGUUCUAAAUAGGUUGUUGCUUUGAAAGCAUAAUUAAAGCAACUGAUCCCUCCUUUUCACAACUCUGUCUCCAGUUACAACAGUGUGAAGUCCAGGUAAGUGUUGGCAUUAUCUUAUGGUAAUCUAUUCAUUACCAUACUAUAAUCUGU